AUUUUUUAAAUAUACUAUUUUUUGGUUUUCAUUAAAAUAUUUUCGAAUAUUUACGUCUAGUUUUUGCAGAUAAAUUAUUUAUAUUGAUAUAUUUAAAAAUAAUUUUUAUUAACUUUAUUUUUUUUAAUGUUAAGAUAAUUAUGUAUCUUCAAUAUUUUACUUAAUUCUUAAAAUUUAUUUAAAAUGGGUACAGAUGGUAUAUCAGUUACUUUACCUUUAGUUGACAAAAAGGCCACCAUUGUCAAAUGGCGAGUCAAAGAAGGUACUCUUGUAAAUAGCACUGUUGUUAUACUAUUAUACCAAGAAGAUGGCGAUAAGGAUCGGAAAAGUUUUCGGACAAACCAUGUCGGCGUAGUUAAAAAAAUAUUAAUUCAUGAAGGUCAAGAUGUUGCUGCUGGUGAACCCAUCUUAAAAUUAGAACUGGGAUGCAACCAUAGUACAGUUGUUAGUGAUUUAUGUGCUGAUUGUGGAGCUGACCUAAGAACAGAUGAUGCUGCUAAACCAACUGCAUCGGUAUCUAUGAUACAUAGUGUACCUGACUUAAAAGUCAGUGAGCAAACUGCAUUGUUGUUGGGAAAAGCUGAUGAAAAACGCCUUUUAUCUGACAGAAAACUUGUGCUUCUUGUUGAUUUAGACCAAACAUUAAUUCAUACUACUAAUGAUAACAUUCCCAACAAUAUCAAAGAUAUUCAUCAUUUUCAACUUUAUGGACCUAAUUCACCUUGGUACCAUACAAGAUUAAGACCAGGCACAUAUAAAUUUUUAUCUUCUAUAAGUCAGUUGUAUGAACUUCAUAUAUGUACAUUUGGUGCUCGUAAUUAUGCCCAUACAAUUACACAUAUAUUAGAUCCUGAAGGCAAAUUGUUCUCCCAUCGAGUUUUAUCAAGAGAUGAAUGUUUUAAUCCAAAUAGCAAAACUGGAAAUUUAAAAGGAUUAUUUCCAUGUGGUGAUAAUAUGGUCUGUAUUAUUGAUGAUCGAGAAGAUGUUUGGGAAUAUGCUCAAAAUUUAAUUCAUGUAAAACCUUAUCACUUUUUUCAACACACUGGUGACAUAAAUGCUCCACCAAACAUCCAAAAGUUUUGUGAUCACAAUUCUAAAAUUGAAAAUCGUAUUGAUUUCACUCAUUUAGUUCAAGGUAUAACAGUUAAAAAAGUUGUUAAAGAAAAGAAUGAUGGACCAAUUGAAGAAGGAGAAGUUUUAUCAGAUGAUGAAUCUAAAGUUUUGACUAUAGAAUCUGAAACAGAAAGUGAUCUAAGUAAAAAAAAUGAUGUUAAUGAACAAGUGGAAGUAGAAGAAGAAGAUGAUUAUUUACUUUACUUAGAAGAUAUUCUUAAAAAUUUACAUAAGGAAUAUUUUAAAGAAUAUGAUGAACGAUACAAAAGGCAAGGCUCUGAUAUUGAAGUUCCUGAUAUGAAACACAUUAUUCCAAGUUAUAGAUCCAAAAUAUUAGAAGGAAUGAAAUUGGUCUUUAGUGGUUUAGUGCCUACUCCAGUUCCUUUAUCAGAAAGCAGAGCUUAUAAAGUGGCUAGAUCCUUGGGUGCUAAUGUAACUGAUAAUCUUGAACCAGAUACUACUCAUUUAGUGGCUGUUCGCCAAGGAACAAUGAAAGCGAAUUCUGCUCGAAAACGACCUGAAAUUAAAAUAGUGACACCUGAAUGGUUAUGGUUAUGUGCUGAACGUUGGGAGCAUGUUGAUGAGAGAUUAUUUCCACUUCGAUCUGAAGGGUAUGGUGGAUUAACAAGUCGUGAUCCACCUGCACAUUGUAGUAGUCCAGAGCAUUCACCUAACUAUGUAAGAUCUACUAUUAAUGAUCAAUCUAGUAUUGAAGAACAAGAUAAAUUUGCUGAUACACUUAAUCCACUUUUAUCAUUUUCUGAUGAAGAUAUUAAAAGAAUGGCUGGUGAAGUUGAAGAAAUGACUGAUGAUGAUGAAAGUGGUGAUAACGAGGAAAAUAGUAAUGAUGACAAUGAUAAUGAAGAACAAGAAAUAAAAGAUAGUGGUGGUGUGUCAAGUUCAGAAGAGUCCUUGGAAGGUUACAGUAGAGGGCAUAAAAGACGGCGUAGCUCAACAGAUAACGAAGAGGAUGAUGGCGAAACUAUUAAUGAAAAAUUUCGUCGUGGUAAAAACUUAGAUGAUAUGAAUUUAGAAUGGGGAAAUAACAGUGAAAACAGUAUGGAUCCUCCUGAUGAAAUGAAUGACUCAGAAUGGAAUAUGCUUGGUGCAGCGUUAGAAAAGGAAUUUUUAGAAAACUCAUAGAUUAAAUAUUUUAAUUAUAUUAAUGUAUAUUUAAAAAAAGUUUAAGUUGUUUUAAAUAUGUAUAAAGUCAAAGAAAAUAUUUAAAAAGGUUUAUAAGUUAUAAUAAAAUAAUAUGAAUGUAAUUAUAAAUUAUUAAACUUUUUCUUGUGUCAUUAUAAUUUAAUAAAUUUAGAUGUUGUAGUUUCUAUUAGUUUUUAAAUAAUGUGAAUUUGUUUAAUGUAAAUUGAUUGUUAUAGUAAUUUUAUUAUGUAGUGUUAAAGUAAUAUUUUAAAUUUUCAAACCAUUAUGAAAAUGAUAUUAGUAACACUAAUUA